AUGAAGCUUCUCUCUGUCUGCGCAGUUGCCUUGCUGGCAGCCCAGGCAGCGGGUGCUUCCAUCAAGCACAAGCUCAAUGGCUUUACUGUUAUGGAGCAUUCGGAUCCUGCAAAGCGGGAAUUGUUACAGAAAUACGUCACCUGGGAUGACAAGUCACUGUUUGUCAAUGGCGAGAGAAUCAUGAUUUUCAGCGGCGAAGUUCACCCUUUCAGACUGCCAGUUCCUUCGCUGUGGCUCGAUGUCUUCCAGAAAAUCAAGGCCCUGGGGUUCAAUUGCGUUUCAUUCUACGUCGACUGGGCCCUCCUCGAAGGAAAACCCGGCGAGUACAGGGCUGAAGGCAACUUUGCCCUCGAGCCUUUCUUUGACGCGGCUAAGCAGGCAGGAAUCUAUCUCCUCGCUCGCCCUGGUCCUUACAUCAAUGCCGAGGCUUCGGGCGGUGGUUUCCCUGGAUGGUUGCAGAGAGUGAAGGGAACCCUGCGAACGUCCGAUCCCGCGUACCUAAAAGCUACUGAUAAGUCAAAUCACAAAUGGGGCCCGGUCAUCCUCUAUCAGCCGGAGAAUGAGUACAGCGGUGCGUGCUGUAAUGCCACUUUCCCCGACGGGGACUACAUGCAGUAUGUCAUCGACCAGGCUCGUAACGCUGGUAUUGUCGUACCCUUGAUCAAUAACGAUGCCUGGGCUGGAGGACACAAUGCCCCUGGGACGGGCAAGGGAGAGGUUGACAUCUAUGGUCACGAUAACUAUCCGCUAGGAUUUGACUGUGGACACCCAAGCGUUUGGCCCAAGGGUAACCUGCCAACUACUUUCCGGACGGAUCACUUGAGGGAGAGCCCGACAACCCCGUACUCUCUUGUUGAGUUCCAAGCAGGCUCCUUCGAUCCAUGGGGUGGACCCGGCUUUGAAGCAUGCGCCGCCCUCGUCAAUCAUGAGUUCGAAAGAGUCUUCUACAAAAAUGACCUGAGUUUUGGAGCUGCUAUCCUGAACUUGUACAUGACCUUUGGCGGCACGAACUGGGGUAACCUUGGCCAUCCCGGUGGAUACACGUCCUAUGAUUACGGAUCGCCGCUGACCGAAUCUCGCGAUGUCGCUCGAGAGAAGUACAGCGAACUCAAGUUGAUUGGUAACUUCGUGAGAGCCUCGCCGUCUUACCUUCUGGCUACACCUGGCAAUUUGACUACCUCCGGUUAUGCCGACACUGCUGAUCUGACCGUCACUCCUUUGCUUGGCAAUGGCACUGGAUCGUACUUUGUCGUCAGACAUACGGAUUACACCAGCCAGGCAUCCACCCCGUACAAACUCAGCCUCCCAACCAGCGCUGGAAAGCUCACAGUUCCCCAGCUCGGCGGUACCCUGACGCUCAAUGGGCGUGAUUCCAAGGUUCAUGUUGUGGACUACAACGUCGGGGGAACCAAUAUUCUCUACUCGACGGCCGAAGUCUUCACCUGGAAGAAGUUUGGGGACAGCAAAGUUCUCGUCUUGUAUGGUGGACCUGGGGAGCACCACGAGCUGGCCGUUUCACUCAAGUCCGAUGUCCAUGUCGUCGAAGGAUCUAAUUCAGAAUUCACUUCGAAGAAGGUUGGGGAUGUUGUUGUGGUCGCCUGGGAUGUGUCGUCUUCCCGGCGUAUUGUUCAGAUUGGCGACCUCAAAAUCUUCCUGCUGGAUAGGAACUCUGCUUACAAUUACUGGGUGCCGCAACUUGACAAGGACGAGUCGUCAACGGGCUACAGCUCCGAGAAGACUACUGCUUCAUCCAUUAUUGUCAAGGCUGGUUACCUUGUGCGGACUGCUUAUACUAAGGGCUCCGGCCUCUACCUUACCGCCGAUUUCAACGCAACUACCCCAGUUGAAGUGAUUGGAGCCCCAUCAAAUGUCAGGAACUUGUACAUCAAUGGCGAGAAGACCCAGUUCAAGACCGAUAAGAAUGGUAUCUGGUCUACCGAGGUCAAGUACAGUGCUCCUAAGAUCAAGAUUCCCAGCAUGAAGGGUCUGGAUUGGAAGUAUCUCGAUACUCUGCCGGAGGUUCAGUCAAACUAUGACGACUCUGCGUGGCCGGCUGCCGACCUGGAUACCACACCUAACACCCUGCGACCCUUGACCACGCCAAAGUCUCUGUACUCGUCAGACUAUGGCUUCCAUACCGGUUACCUGAUCUACCGCGGUCACUUUGUUGCCGACGGCAGCGAGACUACCUUUGACGUGCGCACGCAAGGAGGCUCGGCCUUUGGCAGUUCCGUCUGGUUGAACGGAACAUUCCUCGGCUCAUGGACUGGUCUCAAUGCGAAUGCGGACUACAACUCGACCUACAAAUUGCCCCAGGUCGAGAAAGGCAAGAACUAUGUCCUCACUGUUGUCGUUGACACAAUGGGCCUCAACGAGAACUGGGUCGUCGGCACGGACGAGAUGAAGAACCCCCGGGGUAUUCUCUCCUACAAGCUCUCCGGCCGCGACGCCUCCGCCAUCACCUGGAAAUUGACCGGAAACCUCGGCGGAGAGGAUUACCAGGACAAGAUCCGCGGUCCUCUGAACGAGGGUGGAUUGUAUGCCGAACGGCAGGGCUUCCACCAGCCCGAGCCGCCCAGCAAGAAGUGGAAGUCAGCUAGUCCUCUCGAAGGGUUGUCCAAGCCUGGCAUUGGCUUCUACACCGCUCAGUUCGAUCUGGAUAUCCCAAGCGGGUGGGACGUGCCGCUCUACUUCAACUUUGGCAACAGCACAAAGUCAGCUUACCGGGUUCAGCUGUAUGUCAACGGGUACCAGUACGGCAAGUUCGUCAGCAACAUCGGCCCCAGACAAGCUUCCCCGUCCCGCAGGGUAUUCUGA